AUGUCUAUAGCUCUGGUUAACAUUCGCCAAGAAAAGAAAGAACCUCUGAGAACCUUCAUGGAGCGAUUCGGGAAAAUGACCUUGUCCAUCCGAGAUCUAGAUCCUGCGGUGGCAAUGCACCACCUCACCACGACAUUGAGGCUAGGUCCUUUUGUAAACAGCCUAUGUAAGAAGCCACCCCGAGACUUGGACGAUCUAAGGCAAAGAGCCACAAAGUACAUGCAGAUGGAAGAAUUGGCCGAGUUCAGAAAUCAGAACCGAUCCGACCUCUUCCUUGGAAAGAAAGAAGCUGAAAAAGAGCACCCUCCAAGGCCUCGCCCUCGAGAUACAUCCGAUCGAGAGAGGAACAAUAGGGGACCCAAAUAUGCACAGUAUACGCCACUCAACACCAGCAGGACCAAGGUGUUGGAGCAGGCUUUGGCCACUGAAGUUCUCACCGUACCCCGCCGCGCCAUGACUCUGCCCCAUGCGGAUAAGACCAAGACGUGCCAGUUUCACAGAAACCGGGGACACACCACGGAGGAAUGCACCGCCCUCCGAGAUCGCAUUGAGGACCUCGUUAAGUCCGGACAUCUUCAAAACUUCACCCAACCCUCGAGCAGGAAGAGGUAUGAUAACUACCAAGAUAGGAGAGAGUCCGGAAGAGGGAACCGUGAAAGGGUACCCCCAAGGCGUAGGUCCCGAGAACGAAGCAAGACCCCGGAAAGAAACGAUCAGCAGCGGGAUCGAAAUCAAACCAGGAGGGUAAUAAACACGAUUGCGGGAGGAUUUGCAGGAGGAGGAAGCACGUCCUCGGCCCGAAAGAGACACUUGAGGGCAAUCAAGUCGGUAAACGUCGUAGGCCGGGAAGCUUCGAUCCAUAUGCCCCCUGUCACAUUUACCGAUCGAGACUUUAAAAGAGUAGACCCGAUGCAAGAUGAUCCUAUGGUCAUCAGUGUGGAGAUCAACAACUGUGUCGUGAAGAAGACACUUGUCGAUCAAGGAAGCUCGGCGGAUAUCUUGUACUAG